AAGCCGGAAGACGCUCGCGAAGGUCGUACGCUGUGGAGAAGUCACGCGUACCAUGGAUUCCAUCAAAAUCUUGUGUUUUUUGUGUCUCCUUUCCGUGGCGACAGCUGCACCGAUGCUCGGAUCGGUGAUCACGCGGGAUUCACACUCGGACGUCGACAAUCGAGCAGGGACGGGAGAUGCGGCUCCCGCUCCACCGGUUCACCACGUUGAGAAACGGUCAGCGGUCGUCAUCCACAAGGAGAUUGAGAUUGCAGAACCCCACCCGGGUAUUCUUAAGCGGACUGGUGAAGUUUUGCGCAUGGCCACUUUGCUGCCUGCGAAAAAACUGCAACUGGUCCGAAUGAUCGUGGUACCACUCGUCGACCAAACCCUCGCGCUACCCGUCAACCUGCUCGAAGGAGUCGCGAACCCCAAUCUGAAUCUAUCUGCAGUAGAAGGCCAAGCGUCCGCGGUUAUGCACAAAACGAUCGUCUCACCGAUUGGGGCAGUGCUCAAAUUCGGCGGGCACAAAUCACAUGCUCUGGGGCUUCAUCUGAAGCAUCACCUCGGGAAGUUGGGAGGCCUGCUCGCAAGCCCUUUCUACAAGAAGAAGGAAGUCAUCGUGGGACCGGACGGUAUGACGAAAACCCUGGAUAUCAAAACGCCGCUCAAAACAGCGAGCCUCGAGCUCAAAAUCUCUGCCAAUCCGCUUCUCACGACCACGCCAGCUCCGAUCCUUGCGGAAACCACAACCCCAGCUGCAGUCGAGGGCCUGGAGUCCGCAGGCGCUGACGAUCUCCUGACCACUGCAGCUCCACUUCCACCACCAGCGAUAACUGACCCCCCUAUCCUGGAGCCUCUGACGACCGAACCUCCAAUAAUCACUACUCCUCCACCCCCUCCGCCUCCUCCCCCCGCGAGCCUCGCUGUAGCAGGGCCCCCGAUCUGCGCAUUCGUUGAGCCUGAAGUAGUUCCUGCUUGAAUGUGUGGGCCCAACGGGCUGAUAUUGGAAACCUCAUGAGUCUAAACACUCGCAUGAUUUUAAUAGUUGCAUGAAUAACCUGCAUUAUACGGAAGUGAGAAAAGUUGUGAAGCUUCCAUGAACUGUUGACAGUCACUGAAUUGUGCAUUUCUUAAUGACAGCAAGUCUGCGACAAUAAAUAAUCAAUUUAUUCUUGUGUGAAUAUCCCAAGAAA